AUGGUCGAGAUAAUUCCACAUAUAGACACUUUAAUCGUAGAUAUCGGCUCAAAAUUCACCAAAAUAGGAUAUUCUGGCGACUUUCAUCCAACAUAUACUUUCAAAACAUCCUCCUUUUCGCCAUUCCAAGCCACCUCAUACGAGACAGCCUGUAAAAUUUUAGAAAAAUAUUUGAAGGAAUGCUCAGUAGAUUCUUUGAUUCUCAUAGAAAGUCCAGACUUUGGAUUCGAAGACAGCUCAAAAAUACUGAAGUUUCUAUUCGUGAAUAAGCUAUGCCAGUCCGUUCUGUUGCUGAAAUCCCCCAUUGCAGAUAUAUUUGGGUUUGGUAAGGUUUCGGGAACAGUACUCUGUUGUUCAGCAUCCUCCUUUAGAGUUUCAACUGUGAUCAACGGAAGGAUUGUAGAAUCGCACGUGCUGGCUGGCGGAUCUGCACGGCUGGAAAGUGCCAUUUCAAAGUUACUCGCCGAUUCCGGCGAAAAUCGUGGCAUUGUGCAAGACAUACUACAAUGCGAGGUCUUUAACGAUCCGGCCAUUACUGUGUCUAGCAUUUUGGAGUCCAGAGAAAGUAUUGAAAAUCUAAAGGCUAGAUGUGGUGUUGAUAUUUUUGAAAUCCUAAGACCAGAUAUAGCAGCCAUGGUUGACAAAGUCGUAAGCACAAGAUCUUCAUACUACAUUAACAAGAAAAACUCGGCAAAUGGAUGCAUUAUUCUUAGUGGAGGACUAUUCAGGUUUGAUUCCUUCCACAACUUUGUUAAGUCACUAAUACUUGACAGAAUUGGUGCCGAUUUUGCUGAUUUUGUGCUCCGAGACAGAAAUUUGAACUGCACAUUUGUGGGAGCAUCGGUGUUUGGGAUGAAUAACCAGACAAAAACAAUGUUCAUGACAUACUAUGACUGGCAGAAUGUUGGUGCUGAUAUUCUGAAGGUUAAAACACUAUAG